CGUCGCAUAUUCAGUGGCAAGCAUGCCAUUUGCAAAUCUGUGGACAAGCGAGGUCUAGUGAUCAACGACUAUUGUUGAUAUUCUAUAUCUUGAGCAUCGCGGAGGAUUGCCGUCGUUAUGAUCGCCCAGGGAGAAGCAAUGCAGAUGGAGUCAGUCGGAAAGGAGGAGGAUAACCGCUGUCAAGAUCCCGAUGGUGUUGGCGAUGGUGGUGGUCCUGAUCCUGGCAAUGGAAGCGCAGGAGGAGGAGGAGGAGGAGGAGGAGGAGGAGGAGGAGGAGGAGGAAGAAGGAACGAGGAAACAUCCGAGAAUUCUUCGUGGGGUACGGCAGAAAGUGGUCGGGACCACAUUACAUCCCUUCCUGAUGACGUUCUUCUCCACAUUCUGUGGUUCUUAGGGGACGCGAAAUCCGUGUUCCACUUUGCUGCCACGUGUCAAGUGUUUUAUCGGCUUCUCCCAAGGGUUCCUGUGCUCGUAUUCAAAGACAGCAUGCUGGAAAGCAAAUUUGAUGUGGAUGAUGUUGUGACGUCAGCCGUCCUCAAGUCUCGCGAGCUGGCGCACCUGGUGCUUGAGAGAGGGCCUGACCCAUUGAAAUCCUGCAGUCGCACGGCUGUGCAGUCGUGGAUGAUACACACCUACGCAUCUCUCACUGAGCUCAGCAUAUGUGCACCGCUCAAGCCAGGGACGAUGAAUGAUAUCCUCAUCUGCACGUCGAUGUGCUGCCGGAGGUUAAUGAUGCUGGACAUUACGCCACCCCUUACGGACGAGAUUCAAGAGCUUGACUGGAUGAUUUUAAAGACGUGCGAGCCUCACGCAUGCCUUAGGGCCCUGAGGUUAAGCAUGGUUGGAUUUGGGCAGGGCGAAGAAGAAGGAGGAGAUCAAGCAGCGGGAGGAGGAGGAGGAUUGGGUGAGUUGCUGUCUCUUUUCCCUUGGCUCGAAUGUCUUCAUGUCGUGUUCUUCACGGGGCUGAUACGGACAUCGGUUGUGUCGUCCGAACUCAGAAAACUGUGCGUCGGAGUGCCAAUGAACCCGAACGCCGAGCCUUGGGGGAAACGCAUCGUCGUUGAUGCGCCACAGCUCACGGAGGCGUCCUUCUUUCGCAUCCAGAAAUUCAGACUCACGAAACAUACGAAUCCCAUGUCAAUGGUGGCGUACGACUGUCGCGAUUUGAAAUUCUCGUUGUGGUCAGAUCGACUAUCGGUUCUCCAUUUACAUCAGCAGAAUGGCGAAGGAAGGAAAUGGCAUGUGAUUGAAUUGAUAGCAUUGUUUAUGCUGUAUCGUCACACUCUGGUCGAUCUUCACUUGUAUCUUGAUUUCUGGGACUCUGAUGGCCCCACAGAGGACAUACUUACGGAGUCAUUUUUCCUGCAGGGCUUCCCUCUGCUAGAGGUUCUGCAUGUCAAACAUUUUGGACUCGCGACGCUGUUGCAGGGCCUGCAACCGAGCGAGUCUGUAUUCAACGGAGCGAAUCUCAGAGAGUUGUGGUUAUGUGUAACACUAAUGUUCUGUACGACUAGUUUUAUAAAAAUUUUCUUGACAUGUUGCCCCAAGCUCGAGAAGGUGGUUGUGGAGCUCAAAGAUGGCGAUUGGGAGUAUGAAAUGGGCUUGCAGGGUAUUACGCAGCUUCAGAAAGAGUACCCAAUCUUGGACUUGCGUUUUGUCUCUUGAUUACUGUAUCUGUGGCACUGUGGAUGCCAGUGCUGCAGUGCUUGCGCUAUCCCUGCUGCGCGGUGUCAUUCAGAUGUCAAGCCUUCCUCUCUCUCUCUCUCUCUCUCUCUCUCUCUCUCUCUCUCUCUCUCUCUCUCUCUCUCUCUCUCUCUGGGUCUGUGUGUGUAUGCCCACCUGACUCUCUCCCUCUUUCUUCCUCUCUGUGCCUGUGUGCAUAUGUGUGUUUGUGUGCAUACGGGAUCAGUGUUGGGGGGGGAGAGGAGAGAGAGAGAGAGAGAGAGUCCCUUCUCUCCAACUGUCCUCUUUGCCUCAGGCGGAGCCGCUCUGGGAAACCACUUGUUUUCAUGAAGGUGGAAUUAAUCACACUAUAAUAAAGAGCUUCAAUGUGAAGCACAUUUUUGAGACCUCUACUGCCUCCUGCAUUUCAGGAUGGGUCAACCCUUCACAAGCUAUUGUGAGAAUUUGAGAAAAUUAGAAGCCAUGGGAAUUACUGUGUAGCUAGAGUAGGCACUGGGCAGUGCGAACGGUCGUUCACGGAAUCGUGCAAUUCAGAUCGGCAAUGGUUGGGAGGUUGAUCUGCAGGCUGGUUAACAGUUACUCAUGCCUUCCGGCUUGAUUGUCACUUGUAGGAACGCGCUGCCAAUUACUUGUACCGUUUAGUAGUGUCUAUGAUGAACACGCACACAAAUGUAUGAUGGAAAGCAGUCAUACUUGCAUGGUUUUUUUUAUGCAUAGUGAUUAUUAGUGAGUGGAAAGACAAUUAAAUUACAGUUACGGGAUAUGAGUCGAUGUUUUUUUCCUUCGGAGAGAGAGAGAGAGAGAGAGAGAGAGAGAGAGAGAGAGAGAGAGAGAGAGAGAGAGAGAGGGACUUCGUGAGGGUGACAGAGUCCGUGUGAGUGAGGCUUUGCAUUUGUAGAUGGCAGCAUUCUGUAGGUGGGGAGCUGCACCCAGGCCUGGUGGGAACCGGGUCCAUUGUCCCAUGGAAUAUGACAUGAAUAGGCUUAUCACUGGAGAUCUGGAUAAAGAUUAGAUCACGUU